UUUUCCCCUUCUCGUCCCCCCUCGCCUCUUCCUUCCUCGGGCGGCUAGCCUCCGCGGUCCGCGCCCACGGUCGUCUCCGACCACUGCGAGCUAGGGUUUGGCUUCCCCGCCUAAUCGAGCUCGGGGAUUUGGCCCCCCUGCGGCGGGAGGUCUCGGCUAGGCUCGGCCCCCGGUUCCAUCCGAUUUGGCUCAGUCAUGCCUCAUGAGUGGGCUUCUCAUUAGCUUCCCCAAGUGAUGCUUUGUAUCUCUAUGUUUUUUCCGAACAUGUAACAUCCCCCGAUGUUAUCCAUGUACCGGAUAUACCUUUAGAAGUCAGAGAUGCAGAAGUCUGACCAUCAUGAGCAGAAACUUACUUCACCAAGAGGGCUAAUCCAUAAAAUACUUCGUCGUACAAAUAGCAGGCGUUCUCCCACUGCAGCAGAGCAACAAACUUCUCCUGUAUCUCCAGAAACAAGCAACGCAAUAUUUUCAAAGCAAAAGGAUCCUGAUGAUGUCAUCAAUGAUCCAGAAAAGGCGAGCACACAUAGUAUCAGAAUUGAAGAUGAGAAAUCUGAUUUGCUUGGAUAUGAGGUUUAUUCUGGGAAGCUUACAUUAGAUAACAGAGCUAGAAGUGCAUCAAGUGAACAGUCUGGAUCAGGGUCUAGUGGCAAUUGCUUUGAUGCUAGGCUCAGCACUGAAGCCCUUAUAUGGGGUUCUAACGUCCUUAAGCUUGAGGAUAUUGUAUCUGUAUCAUAUAAUUCUGGUCUCCGGUAUUUCACGGUGCAUUCAUGCCCUCUUGAAAAAAGAUCCAGUGGACUCUCCUGCUUUAUGAAGCCUAGAAGAACCCAAAAGGACUUGAAGUUCCUAUCCCCUUCUCCACAUGAGGCCUUUCGGUGGGUUAAUAGUUUUGCAGACCAGCAAUGCUAUGUUAACCUGUUGCCUCACCCCAUGGCAUCUAGCAAGAAGCAUUCUUCUGAACUUAUUCCAUUUGAUGCCAUGCUUGAUCCUUAUGUUAAAUCUCGGUCUCCACCAAGGAUACUUGUCAUCUUGAAUCCUAGAUCUGGGCAUGGUAGAUCUAGCAAAGUUUUUCAUGGAAAAGUGGAACCAAUAUUUAAGCUUGCAGGUUUCAAGAUGGAAGUGAUAAAAACUACACAUGCUGGUCAUGCAAAAUCUCUUGUAUCAACUAUUGAUUUUAGUACCUGUCCAGAUGGUAUUGUAUGCGUGGGUGGUGAUGGAAUUGUAAACGAGGUUCUCAACGGUCUUCUGUGCAGAGAUGAUCAAAAUGUGUCUGCCUCUGUUCCAAUUGGUAUUAUACCUGCUGGAUCUGAUAACUCACUUGUUUGGACAGUCUUGGGUGUCAAGGAUCCAAUAUCUGCAGCAUUGUCAAUUGUCAGGGGAGGUCUUACACCUAUUGAUGUUUUUUCUGUUGAAUGGAUUCAAAGUGGGAUUAUGCAUUAUGGCACAACCGUAUCAUAUUUUGGUUUUGUUAGUGAUGUUCUGGCACUCUCAGAGAAAUACCAGAAGCGUUUUGGACCUCUCCGUUACUUUGUAGCUGGUUUUCUCAAAUUCCUGUGUUUACCAAAGUACAGUUUUGAAGUGGAGUAUCUUCCAAUAUCAGAUGCCAAUGGUGCUGAGCAUAAAAUUUUGGUAGGACAAGAAAAGGUUGAUGCAUCAGAUCUUUAUGAUGAUGUAGUUCGGAGAUCGAGAGCAGAAUGUUUACCGCGUGCCUCAAGUUUAUCUAGCAUUGAUUCAAUAAUGUCUACAGGAAUCAUGUCUGGGGCAGAGCUGGAGGUUUGUAGUCCUCGUGCAAACAACGAACCUUCUGAGCUUGUUCGUGCGCUUGACCCAAAAUCAAAGCGCCUAUCAUUAGGUAGAGCGAGUACAUUUAAAGAACCAGAAGAAGUGCUCCAUCCCCAGUCUCAUGGUACAUCUACUCCCAGCUGGCGUAGAUCCAAAUCAAAGUCAAGGACUGAAAAGGCAUGGCCAGGCUUGACUAGUACGAACGAUGCAAAAUCCUCUAAGGUUAACACGGCACAUGACAAAGAGGACACAUCGUCAACAAUUUCUGAUCCUGGACCUGUGUGGGAUUCAGGACCAAAGUGGGACGCAGAGCCUAAAUGGGAUAAUCAGCCUAACUGGGAACCUGAGACUUCAAUUGAACUCCAUAGUCCUCAAGAGGACAUUGAGCUUGGUCUGACUAAGGAGCUUGUACCAAGCUUAGAUGAGAGAUGGACAGUUAGGAAAGGACGUUAUCUUGGUGUACUGGUGUGCAACCAUUCAUGCAAGACUGUGCAGAGUCUGAGCUCUCAGGUUGUUGCUCCCAAGGCUGAAUAUGAUGACAAUUGUUUGGACUUGCUGUUGGUUGGUGGAAGUGGAAGACUCAGAUUACUGAGAUUUUUUGUGCUUUUGCAGUUUGGAAAGCAUAUAUCUCUUCCAAAUGUAGAAUAUGUAAAGGUGAAGUCUGUGAGGCUCAAGGCAGGCCCAAAUACACAUGACGGAUGUGGUAUUGAUGGUGAACUACUCCAUGUCAAGGGGCAAGUUCGCUGUAGUUUGUUGCCUCAACAAUGUCAAUUGAUCGGCAGGCCAGCCAAAAACCCUGUACAGUAGCUGUAAAUACAUUACUCUGCAGACUCAGUCUGCAGCUCUGAGAUCGGGCCAGAAUCUUGCACCUGUACAAGCGGCGAACUGUGGAAUUUUGUCCACAUCCACACAUCCGCAAUUAUAUUCAGAAGUCAGAGCAUCCUUGCUGACACUCAGCUCCAGAGAUGUACAUUUGUGGUUGAUAAGCAAGAAGGUGCUGGGUGGGUGCUAUUUAUCCAGAUGUAAAGCCAAGGCCUAUCUCAGACAACAGCCUGUUGCGCACCUAUUGGUUUCACCUUUUCUCUUGUCUGAUAUCUAAUACAUCUACUAUAGAGCCAUCCAGAUGAGUGUACUUGGGUCCAGAACAUAGUGUUCCACCUCCUCCACCCCGGUGGUGUGUACGGUUGUUUGGAGGUCCCUGAUGCCGCCCACUUGAUGCUCAUUACCCCCAUUAUAGGGACAACACCUCCAGCGCCGUGUCCUUGAUCAGCUUGUUGUGUUUGCAAAGUGUGAAUAAGACUAUAUAGGCCUGUUGGAUUCCCAGUACAGUUGUAGGGUUUCAGCAGAAAGGGACGGACGAUAUUUGUGGCACCGGUGCCGCAACUUUUUCAUGUGUGUAACUCUUGUUCUUUGUGAUGUAUUGUGUAGUGAUUUGUAAACGUUGUUUGCCAUACGAGUUGGAAUUCCUUAUAUGUGCUGUUCUCUGCUGGAUAAUAAGUAGCGUAGCUUCUGGUUC